UCUUUCUCCUAUAUUUUUCUUGGCUUUUCUCAUCUCAAUUUUGUUUUGAUUAGUUGCCUGGUUAAGAUUAUUUUUUUGUAAUCAGUUUCUAUUUUUUAUUUUAUAUUUAUUUUUGUUUGUAAGUUCGUAAUUUAUCUGCGUUAAACAGCUCUUACUUUGUUGUCACAACAUUAAUAGUACUUGCCGAUACAUAAGAUAUAUAUGCUCUUGCUCUUAUUGUUUAAAAGCACGUGAAUUCAAUUUGCUGCACCAAUACAUAAAGGUUCGAAUUCAUAUUGCAUGCAAUUCAUUUAUUUUAGGAAGAAAAAAAAAAAAAAAAAAACCUGACUUUGUUAAAUUGAUAACCCAUUAAUUUUAUUUAUUCAUGUGAAAGUAAAUUUUGUAUAGGCAUUAUUGGACCUGACCUACUAUGUUAUUCCCAUUCUACAGGUUUGAUUUGAGUAAUUAAUUUCAUAUAUGAUAUAGAUAGUUGUUGUUCAAGGAAUGCAGUUUGUUAUUUGAGGAUAACUUUAUUAUAACUAAUAGAAUUUAUAAUUUAUAUGAAAUUUUGAUCUAUAUUUCUUAUUCAAAUUAUUUACCUACUGAAAUAAAAAAAACUAAUGCAAUGUCUCUCCUUUCUCCUAUUCUCAAAUGACUAGGAUGCAGAUGAUUUACAAUUCCAUUAAGGACAUUCACCUAGAAACAAGAAAUUGGAAAGUUAAAAUUUUAGUGGCUGAAAAAAACAAUGCCACGAACAUCAACGCAAGGUGUCAGCACAUAUCAAAGGCUUAUAUUGAUUGACAAAGAGAUAUCAUUGCUCUUGCGAUAGUUGUCCAACCGCCUCGAUAGCUUCAAAUGAGAAAUGGACCUUCAACGAUUCAAGAAUUCACUCUCAUUGAUCAACUCCUUAAGCCUGUUGGUUUAACAAUGUGGGACCAGUUCAUCGCGAAUGAAUCAGCAACUAUUUCGGAGGUUAUCAAUCGCAAACCUGUUAUUAUAGUGAUGAGACUGAAAGUGGUUUCGCAUAAUGGAAUCUCUCUGUCAACCAAGCCGUCCAGCUCCUUUGUCAUAAAUCCAAAUCAUUCUAAAGCAACUACAUUGGAAGAACGGCUUGCAGCUCUUGUGGGCAGCAUGGUUGCUUAAUCAUGGAAGAAGAACAGACAAGAAAAGGCCAUUGAGUGCUUGAAAUUGGGCUUAAGGACAAGAAUUUCUUGGGAGUUGAUAGUAUCAAAUAUUUAG